CUUCCCCCUUCAUUACAGGCAAACAAAAACCCUCUUCUCUCUAAUAAUCUCUUCCCCUCUCUCUCUCUCUCUCUCUCUCCAAAAGAAGAUAAAAUUAAAAAUAAAAUCAGAACAAAAUUCACAUCAAGAGCAGAACAGGAAAAAAACAAAAGAAUAGAAACCCUAAUGGAAGUGGAGGCCAGCACACCAGAAGUAGCCAAAAAACUGUGGCAUAUAGUACGUGCAGUAUUCUUCAUGCUAAGAAAAGGCAUAUCAAAGAGCAGAAUAAUGGUUGAUCUCCAUUUAAUGCUUAAAAGAGGUAAUAAGCUAGCAGGAAAAGCCAUAGGCAAUCUUGUGUAUCAUCAUAACCAUUCUUCCUUCAGUUGCCGAUCAAAUGAUGCUCUCAACUUCAUUUCUCCACGAGAAUAUGAGUUCAGCUGCAGCAAUAGCCCGGCAACUUUUUACCCUUUUAGUGCCCACAAGCGUAAACAUCACCAUCACCUCCAUUUCACAAAGUCUUACAAAUACAACGACGUGACCACCGUCGCCGCCGUACAAAAGAUGCUCGAGAUGUUAAACAAUGAGGUGCAAGUGGAGGCUUCACCAAUGGUGUUGCCAGGGUUUGGGAAAAGCCCAAUGGUGAGGCAAUUAAGAAUAACCGACUCGCCUUUUCCAUUGAAAGAUGAAGGAGAUAGCCAAGUAGAUAAAGCUGCUGAAGAGUUCAUCAAGAAAUUCUACAAGGACUUGAAGUUGCAAAAGACUGUUGCUGCCCUUGAAUCGCCUUAUCACGGCAUGUGGGGUAGAUAAUGGAGUUGGUGGUUGUUUAGGGUAUUCUAUUGGCACUUUUUUAAGUUCUUGAUUGACCGGAAAAUGAAUGAAUCCUCUAAGGCAAGUUGGUACAUACACUUGGCUAUAUUUGUCAAAUUAGAUAUAAAGAUCACAUGAUUAGUGAACAGAGUUGAAGAUCCUUGUAUCAUUAUUCAAGAAAUGGAUCGUGUGACUUUAUUUUUUUUUGUAUGACAAAGUAGCUACUUGGCUUAAUACUUGGAGGUGAUUGGGUGAAGGUUUUCUAUACACACUUGUAUGUACUAUCCUCAUUUCAAGAGCUUUUAUUUCCUGAAAUUAAUAAUCAUCAGUUUUGGUUUCCA